CACAGCUAAUGCACCAGAAGAUGAUGCUCCAAAUAGAUAUUCCCGAACAGACAGGACAAUUUACAGCAGAUACAGCAGGGAUGCAAAUUCUUCUGGCAGUUCUGUACCAACUAACGCUUUGGAAAAGAGGAUUGAGGAACUUGAAAGGGAACUUGCAAAGGAGAGACAGGAAAAUGCAAGAUUAAUGAAGAUGACACAGGACAAAGAGGAACUAAUUGGAAAGCUGAAGGAAGAAAUUGAUUUAUUAAACAGAGACCUAGAUGAUAUAGAAGAUGAAAAUGAACAAUUGAAGCAAGAAAAUAAAACCCUCUUAAAAGUUGUUUCACAGCUGACAAGGUAGAAGAUUCAAGCCUCAAUGAAGAAAGAUUUAAAAACUACUGAUUGAACGUUAAGGUCAAUAUAGUAAUACUUCCUGUGUUGCAGUAUGUUAUAAUAACUGUCUUUAUAUUUAUUGUUAGGAAACCAGAUGAAUGUUUAUUUUCGUAGUACUUUCUUCUUCAUUUAAUGAAAUGGCAUCAAAUUUGGGGUGUGUUUUUAGCUUUCUUUUCACAUAAAAAUAAUUAAAAUUUUUGACAUAUUUCAGAACAUUAAGUUCAAAAAACAUGUGGGUUUUGUAUCUUCAGAUUACAUCUAGAUAAAUUACAGUAGUUUAAAAUUGAUAGCAGCAAGAUUACUUUCAGUCCAUGUGGGUGUAUAUUUUUGAAAUGAAUGGAAGCAAUGCAUAUAAGCUUUGUUUACACAGAUCCAAAAUAUAUAUUUUGGGAAAUAUUUCCUUUUUUGUUUAAACAGCUGUAAAGUGGAUGCCUUAUUAUUGAUGUAUAACAUUUUGCAGAUUGAUUACUUGCUCUAAAACUCCUGGAUGUUGAGGGUUUUUUUACCAUAGCUGAAAGACUGACAGUAGUAGAGAGUAGUAAUUUUUUUUUCUGUAUAACAGUAUUCUGGCAGGAGGGGGAGGUUU